CACAGGUUUGUCACAGCAACACCUCGGAGCCGAUGUCGGGAAUGGCUAGUGACAUACGACUAUCGAUAUCUAUGCCCCUCCUCUUUUUGCCUUCAGAACAGCCAGCCACAAAAUACCCGGACCGAAGACAUACAAGUUUUAUUAAGAUUAUUAUUGAAGGUUUAGUUUAAAACCGGUCGCCGGGGUUCGUGGGACCCAGAAAUACCUCACAUGUUGAGUCAUCAGUGUAAUCGACCAGCGACGCCCAAGAUUAUUGAAGAUCAACUUGGCCAUCUGCCGCCUUACGGUCCCAUCAAGGUAAUCCUUGGCAAUAAUGAUAUAUAACUCGUGAAGGAAAGACACAUGGAACCCUUCUGCAUGAUAAACAACAACUGUCCGCCUCCCACUUAAAACAUUGAUUCAACUUUCGAGCAACCAAAUAUUCAGUUGGCGAACUUUGUUUAAGGGUUUAUGAUGAGCGCAACUCACAUCGAAAACCGUGAUGAUAACUUUCUAGAAAAUAAGCAUUUUGAUCACACUGAGAGACUCGAAAAUAUCAAAGGCUGGCAAGAACCGCCUAGUCCCUCUGGCUUUGGUGGUCAUUUGAUUGAUGAAAAUCUUGUGCGAGUAGAAGGUGAAGAUAAAGUAACAUGGUAUCUUUGCUUUUUAAUUUCUGCUUCGGCCAUCGCUGGUUUCCUAUUCGGCUAUGACACUGGCGUAGUUGGUGUUGCAUUGCCUUUGGUGGGAACCGACCUGGGUGGUAGCGCACUCAACUCUUCACAGCAAGAGAUUAUCACAGCAGGUACCACCAUUGGGGCUAUCUUUGGUUCUGCUAUUCUUGGUGGAUGGGGUGAUCGCCUUGGACGAAAGAAGGCAAUCUUGAUCUCUGACGUCUUCUUUACCAUCGGUGCCGUGAUCAUUGCAUCCAGUUACUCUGUCCCGCAAAUCAUUGUCGGUCGAAUUGUCCUCGGUAUUGGAGUCGGUGGCGCAGCUGUGAUUGCUCCUCUUUUCAUCACUGAGACAGCGCCGACCGCUGUCCGUGGUCGAUGCAUUGGUAUUAAUGCCUUCUUUAUUCCCUUUGGUCAGGUUGUUUCCGACGCCAUCGGGGCUGGUGUACAGAACAUGCACAAUGGGUGGCGACUACUUUUCGCUCUUGGUGCUGUCCCUUCCCUUCUUCAACUGCUUCUUUUCCAUUACCUUCCCGAGUCACCACGUAUCCUUAUUCUCAAGGGGGAUACCGAAGGCGCUCGGACUGUCUUCCAGCGCAUUUACCCCACCGCCACUAGUGAGAUGAUUGAAUACAAGUUCCGCGUUGCUCAAGAAUACGUCGCCGCCACAACCGCCCUUCAGUCUGGGACCACUUUCUGGGAAAGAGCGAAGAAAGUAUGGAGAACUGGAUCGUAUCGAAGAUCUAUCAUUGCUGUCAGUGUUCUUCAGGCUGCCGGUCAGCUCUGUGGUUUCAACACCCUCCUUUAUUAUGCCGGUACUCUUUUCAGUCUCCUUGGACUGUCAAAUCCAGCCUUAGGUGGUCUUAUCCCUGCCGGCACCAACGCCGUCUUUUUGUUGAUUGGAAUGACUACCGUUGACAAAAUCGGAAGACGAGGGUUGUUGUUGAUUGGCGUGCCAAUCAUGCUCCUUGGUCAUGUGUGGAACAUCGUUGCUUUCUAUUACUUGUGCAAGCCGACUGGAGGAUUCCUCGAUACGUCUUACACCUACGAUACGACAAACGUCGGUAUUGUCAUUGGUGGUAUCGUCUUCUUCGUCGCCGGUUUCGGUCUUACCUACAGUCAUCUCGUCUGGUACCAGGCUGAGUAUUUGGCCCUCGAAGUACGAUCCAUGGGGUCUGGUAUCGCCACCACCAUCUGUUGGAUUGCGAAUCUUGUUGUCUCUGUUUCCUACCUUUCAGAACUCGAAACGAUGACCCCUUCUGGUACCUACGGCUUCUAUUUCGGUAUCAGUGUAGUCGCCUUCGUGUUCGUGGUGUUCUGCUUCCCAGAAACCAAACAACUGUCAAUCGACGAGACAUCUCUUUUAUUCGAGAACGAUUGGGGAGUCAAGAGAUCUGCUCAGAUGCGCAAAGAGCGACGGGAGACUCAGAAACGAUUCCAGGAUGCCGAAGUCGCCGAAGCUGCCACGGCUCACCUCGAAGCUCGCCAACAAAAGUCGACUUCGGUCAGUCCUGCCGAGCUCUCCAAGUUUAUGGCUGGUUUGAAGAGUGGCAAGAGAAAGCCUUCAGUCUCGGUUUAAGCCAUAGCUUGAGGAUGCCCAAUGGGACAGGCGAAAGUGGGGUUCUGGUAUGUGCGAGUGCUUUGGUUUUCGAGACGUAUCCGAAUGAAGUCCUUGUAUUUACGUAUGGCCUGUAUGCAUGUGACAAAUAUAUACCGCACCUCAUUUAUGG